AUGACGACCGGAGGAGGGGAGGCGCUGAUGACGAUGCAGACAACCACGACGGCAGGUGUUGAUUCUGCUCUCGUCCGUCUACGAGUAGACUACGGCCAGUUCAUGGCGUUUCCCGCCGGCAUGCCCCUCAGCUCCGACGUGGUCUCCGUCGGCGGCCAGCUCUGGAGGAUCGACGUCUAUCCACGAGGGAUAAGGAACUACCACAAACACGUCUCCAUCUACCUCAAAAACCUGAGCAGAUCCACAUGUGCCAAGGCCAUCUUCGAGCCCUUCUUCCUGGAAAAGGACGGCAGUCCCUCUCCCAAGAUCACAAAGCACGCGAGCGUGUGUGAGAACUUCGCGAGUAUAAACAACGACAACUAUUGCUUCGGCGUCGAAGAGCUGGGAUAUGCGGAGUUCUUCCAGCGGUCUUCUCUCGAGAGAUACGUCGUCGACGGGCACUUCACGUUCUUGUGCUCCAUCGUGGUCGUGAACGGGCUAGGCCCUGUCCCCGUGCCACCCUCGGACAUCCGGGACAGCCUCGGCCACCCUCUAGAGGGUGAUGAGACAACAUCAGACGUAUCCUUCAUCGUCGACGGCGAGACAUUUCACGCGCACCGGGUGAUUCUCGCGGCACGCUCACCGGUCUUCAAGGCACAGCUCUUUGGGUCCAUGCUCGAGGCCACCACGACAUCGUCGACGCCCAUUGUGCUGCAUGAGAUUGCCCCCUCGACGUUCAAAGCUAUGCUCUGGUUCAUGUACACUGAUGCAUGGCCUCAAGACGCCGAUGGUGACGAAUCAUCAUCGGUCGAGAUGUUUCAGGAUCUACUUGCUGCUGCAGAUCUGUAUGCACUAGACAGGUUGAAGCUCAUGUGCGCACGAAAGUUGUGGGAUAACGUGACGGUACAUACUGUUGUGAGUAUCUUGGUUUGUGCUGAAACGUAUGUCUGCCCGGAGUUGAAGAACAAAUGCCUUGACUUCUGCACAGUGGGAAAAAAUUUCAAGGAGGUAACAUCCACCGAUGGCUAUGCAUGGCUAGAACUGAGGUUUCCCUCAAUUGCUGCAGAGAUAGGAGAAAAGUUUAGGAGAUAA